AUGCCGCUGGCACAAUUUAAACAGAACGUCACCGUGUUGGAGCGACAGGUGAUCGACUUCUUGGGAUAUCAGUGGGCGCCCAUCCUUACCAACUUCCUGCACGUCAUCGUCAUCAUCCUAGGCCUUUUCGGAACCAUCCAGUUCAGACCCAGAUACGUCACUGGGUACGCGACCUGGCUGGUGGUGUGGAUGACCUGGAACGUCUUCAUCAUCUGCUUUUACCUGGAGGUUGGAGAUCUGUCCCGGGUAAGGAGACCGAGGGCUUUUAGUUUUGCUUUUUACACCCCAGUCAUGUCGCCGCUCCUCCAGCACAGUCAGCACAGUCAACACAGGCACAUCACUCAUACUUAG